GGAAAAAAGUCCUGAUAGUCUAUGCACAUCAAGAGCCCAAAUCUCAACGGAUCUUUGAAGAGGGUUGCUGUGGAAGAACUGAGCAAGCAGGGCUGCAGUGUCACGGUGUCUGAUCUGUAUGCAAUGCAGUUCGAGCCAAGAGCAACAAGAAAUGACAUUGUUGGUUGCUUGCACAACUCAGAAGAGUUCAGUUAUGCUGUGGAGACAUGGAAAGCUUACAUGAGAGGAGGUUUGUCCAGUGAUCUGACUGAAGAGCAAAAGAAGGUGCAGGAAGCGGACUUGCUUAUUUUUCAGUUUCCCUUGUAUUGGUUCAGCAUGCCAGCAAUCAUGAAGGGCUGGAUGGACAGAGUCUUGAUCCAAGGAUUUGCUUACGAUUUGCCAAAGACUUACAAUUCUGGUUUGCUCAAGAACAAAUUAGCCCUGUUUUCUUUCACCACUGGCGGAAGCAAAGCGUCGUAUGGAAAAGAAAGCAUCAGUGGCGAUAUUCGCUAUAUCCUGUGGCCUAUGCAGCAUGGAAUCAUGCACUUCUGUGGUGUCAAAGUCCUCGCACCUCACAUCUGCUUUGCUCCAAAGGCUGCCUCUGAGGAGGAAAGGAAGGAGAUGCUGGUGGCCUGGGCCCAGCGUCUGAAGACUCUUUGGAAGGAAGAACCCAUAAACUGCUCUGCUGAGUGGUAUUUCAAGUAACGUUCACGUACAAGACUACAGAAAGAUUUUUCUUCCCUCCGUUCUUUUUGGUACUUUACCUCAAUAUCUGAAUGUGAGUGUCCUAAUUCAAAUGUAUUGCAAGUACCUGGAGUCCUACAGCUAGCAGCUUAACUGACAAUAUAGCAUUUAUCUUCAUU